CUCUAUGCAGGAAUUGGAGAAGGUCAAUCAACCUCUAGGCCACCACUCUUUGAUGGCACCAACUAAUCUUAUUGGAAGGAACGGAUGAGAAUCUAUAUUCGUUCCACCAACUUCCAAUUGUGGUUGGUGAUCAAAAAUGGCGAAGAAAUCCCUAUGAAGAAAGUGGGAGAAACCACGGUCCCAAAGACUGAAAACGAAUUUGAUGCCAAGGACAUCAAGAAGAUUGAAAACUAUGCAAAGGCCAUCAAUAUGCUAUAUUGCGCGGUCAACCCCGAUGACUACCGAAAGAUCUCCUGUUGCACAACCGCCAAGGAGAUGUGGGACAAGCUUGAAGUGACGUACGAAGGUACCGAUCAAGUUCGCGAAGCCAAGAUCGACUUUCUCACCCAAGACUACGAAAUGUUCCGGAUGAAAGAAGGUGAGAAAAUUGAUGACAUGUUCGACCGGUUCUCAAAGAUCAUCAACGAUCUUCAUGCUCUCAAAAAGACCUACACCAACAAGGAUCUUGUGAGAAAAAUCCUGCGGAGUCUCACACCCGAAUGGAGGUCAAAAGCCGAUGCAAUCUACGAAUCCAUCAGAGUCUCCAACGUCACCAUCGACGGGCUAAGAGGUAAUCUUAAAACCUAUGAAUCUACUAUUCUAACCCCGUCUUUGGAUGAACAAAAGAAAAAGGGGAUAGCUCUCAAAGCCACCAAGGAACCGGUGGAAGAGG